GUUGCAGCAGUUAGAGGCAGCUGACGCUCCAACAACUUUGGAUUUAAAACCCACGGGAAAGCUUCAUUAAAUCAACAUUAAAAAAUAACAAAUUGAACUGAAGACAAAAGGAAAAACAUCAGCCUGUCUCAUUCCAAUGGGAAUACAAUUAUUUUUAAUUCUCUUUUUUAAUCUGACUUUUUUGGGGUCACAUUUUGAAAUCAUUCAAUUCAAUUUCUAUUGUGGGCAGAGUUGUAUUAAUUAAUGGGAGUAUUUUUGUCAUUUUGUUUUGUUUGAUUCUUUUUUGCCAAACAAGCUGUGGAUUUUUAACAAAAGGAAAAUUUUAAAGUGUGACGAGUGGACCCUGGUACGCAGCUGUCAUGAGGAGCAUGCCUGCAUCCUUCUAUCAAUAUGUGAGCCGUCAAUCAAGUUAAUAAGACCUGUGAGCGCUGACCACCAACAAGGAAGAGGAAGUGUAACUACCCUUCAGCUUCAUGGGUUGAAACGCCAGAUGUUCGACAGCUUCCAUCACCAUUUUGCUUCAACAAUGCAUCAGCCACUAGAUUGAAGGAUACCGAAAAACAGAGGGGGUAUAAAGACAUCGAGAUACACGACAAAUCAUCUAUCCAACUCUGAGACGGGACGGGUUUACCUGCCCCACCUAAUCCACAGGGGACCCCGCGUCGUCGGAAAACCAACAGGGACUAUGCAGCUGGGAUGGGCGGCGCUGGUGAUGGUCUUCCUCAGCACCAUGGGUGACAGUGAUGUUGGAAACCUUUCCAAGACCAGAAAGCCCAGACGGGCAUCAGUGGGUAAUGAGGGCCUGCCAUCUUGCCCCAAAGGCUGCGAGCGCUGCUCUGAGUACAAUGGCUGCAUCAAGUGCAAGGCCAAACUAUUCAUUUACUUGGAGCGCAACGACAUCCAGCAAGUGGGCGUGUGCCUGACCUCCUGCCCCAUGGGAUACUUUGGCAUGAGGAACCCGGAAGGCAACAACAGAUGCACCCAAUGUAAAAUUGACAACUGCGACUCGUGUUUCAACCACAACUUUUGCACUAAAUGCAAGGAGGGGUUGUAUUCGCACAGCGGACGGUGUUAUGUUAGCUGCCCUCCCGGCCAGCUCACCGCCAACGACACCAUGGAGUGUGUGGAGUGCCAACUGUCCGAGUGGAGCCAGUGGGGUUCCUGCAUGAAGAGGAACAAGACGUGCGGCUUCAAAAAGGGUUCGCAGUCGCGGGUCCGCCUACCACUGCAGCACCCCCGCAAGCGGGACCCCCCCUCGGGUGCCUUGCAACACUCUCAGCCGUGCACACCGCAGACCGAGAGGCGGAAGUGCGUCAUGGCCAAGACGCCCUGCGUGAGCGAGAAGACUCGGGGAGGCCGUCUCGAGAACGUGCCAAGAAUCAAAGAGGGCGGCAGCAGUGGCGGCGGCGGAGGUGGGAGGAGGCGAAAAGCCCAAAGCAGGACCACUGUCGUUCCCAACGUCACGAGCAGCUCCGUCACUUAAACUCGGAAGGAUUGUGACGAGAAAAACCUACCGAGAUGACGUUGACGUCAAGCUGACAUCUUGAUGAGAAAACAAUGCGUAGGGCCGCUUCUAGAUGCUGACUCCGCAGGUUUUCCCAGUCACCUAAGACGUCCGAUCAUGUGAAAUCCGUUCCUCGUUGGCUCUGGAUUGAUGAAAAGAUAAACAAUGUGUCUUUUCCGUGACUGGGAGCAAAUGGAAAGCAAAUACACAGUGCAAGCCACUGAAUAUGAACAAUUAUUAUACUGCUUUGUUUGCAACAGGGUUCUGAUGUUUUUGCACAGUUGUGACUUUUUUACGUAAACAUUUAUACGUAGACAAUAUUCUCAUAUGUCUGUUGCUUUAUG